CGGAGGGGGGUGGUGGAGACUGUGGAGAGUGCGGGCGGCUUUUCAGUGCAGGUGAUUUCGAGGGAACUGGAUGAGGGGGUGAGAAGUUAAGUUGGCUAUGGAAGCGUGGGAGCAGCUUAUCUUGUUGGUGUUGGUUGCGGUGGCGUGGUUGGCGGGGCGCCAUAACCAGGCGAUUUGGAGGGUGGUGGUGGAGAUUGUGGAAAGUGCGCCGGUGGGAGUGGCUUGGCUGGGGGCGUUGUUUGUGGAAAGUGUGGCGAGAACGGGCCAGGCGUUCAUAGUGGGCGCGGCAUGGGUGGGAGCUCUCCUAGCCGGGAGGUAUGUGGUGAAGGGAGGGUGGGAGGGACAACAUCGGGGUGGCGGGGGGAGGCCGGAAUGGGGCUUGAUGAAAGCGGUCCAUAAGGCGGUGGUGGGGGGGGCAUUCUUGGUGGACGAUAGGGCCAUACAUAGAGAGGAUGGAUCGGAGAUUAGUCUGAGAGUGAAUCAGGCAUUGGCACAGGUGUAUGUCACGUACCUACGAUCACAUGUGGUGCUGGUGCGAUUUGAGGGGCCGUUGAAGCAGUUCUCCUCGGCAUUGAAGAUAGACUUGAUCAGCCAAUGGGAGGACGGCUGGCCACAAUUGCCUCGGGGGCGAUUUAAAGGGAGAAAAUUGGCGGAAGGGACGACUACGAUCAAGCACUGGGCGCCGUCAGCACUAUUGAGAACUUGGUUAGUGGAAACCAAGAAAGAAGAGAAAGUUAACAUCAAUGGUAAAGAGCAUGUGGCGACGUUUUCACCGUGGAAAACACCGGUGGAGCUUGAAUGGGAAAGACUGAUGGCGCGUAAACGGCACCUGUGGGUGAAAUUUUUGCACCCGUCACCAAUUGUGCGACCUUUCCUCAGGGACACUGCCGGACACGUCUAUAGCGAAGUUAUCAACGAUGAGGGGGAGCAGAAGUUGGAUGACUUCGGAAGGGAGGAGAUAUGCUUCUUCCUUAGGUCGCCACUCAGAAGAAUUGGCCUGGAGCGCCUGACGAUCGAUCUCGGCAUUUAUGGCCGCCACCCAGUGCGAUACAUCACAAGUGAAACACCGUGGUGAGUACGACUACGUGAUCAGUGCGGAGCUCCUGAUGGAGGGCAGCCUGGUGGAUGUGGAAGGAGUUUCGGUCGGCCGCUUCCAACCAUCGGUGAGAAUAGUAGAAUACAACAAAUCUUCGAACAGGAAAGGCAGAGUGGACCGGAUGUGGACCGUAGGGAGGAAGAGGAUGAGGCGGCGAGAGGGGAGGAAAUGGAAGUCGAACAGAACUCGCCAGGUGCUGGCAAGAAGGCAGAAGGGGCUGAGACGACAAGUAGGCAGGAGAUGGGGGCACAGCAGGAUACUUCGGGGCAUAGGGAGAGGGAAGUGGAAAUGGAGGAUUUGGGGGCGGUAGAUGUGGUGGGGAAAUCGGGAACAGGGGAUGAUGCUCGAUCUCGUACAAAAUCAGAAGGAGGGCAGGCUUGCCGAAAAAUAGAGCGAUUGGAGAGGGAGCAACAAGCAAUGAUGGAUGAGGAUAUGAAUGACAGGGGUGGAUUUGGGGACACGUUGGAAAAUAAGGUGGAUGAACAACAUGGCCAGAACGAGGGGGGGCCGGAAAGGGAGGCAGGGAUAGAGUCUCUGCAACCCCGGGGCGGAGGGGGGGAGAAGAGGGAAGAGAAACACCUUACAAGAUCAUAGGGUCUGCCAUCGAUGAGAAUACAACAGAUCUCAGGACAGGAAAGGCAGAGUGGACUGGGUGAGGACCGCAAGGAGGAAGGGGAUGAGGCGACGAGAGGGGAGGAAAUGGAAGUCCAACAAAACUCGCCAGGUGCU